AUGCUGUCGUCUUCCACCUCCACCCUCCGUCUCCACCAACCAACCCGUCCCCACCGCCACCACCCGCCGGCCCCGGCCGCGGGGGGCGCCACCCACCUAGCCUCCCCGCGGCGGUGGCGCGGGCACGCCCCAGGGGCGGCGUCCCCGGCGCCGCUCCGCGCGCGGGCCCAGCGCAUCCGCGCGCUAGACGCCGCCCAGCCGUUCGACUUCGAGUCCCGAGCGGCGGGGCUGCUGGAGGAGCAUCAGCGCCUGAAGAUCGCCAUCGUCGGGUUCGGCAACUUCGGGCAGUUCCUGGCGCGCACUUUCGCGCGGCAGGGACACACGCUGCUGGCGCACUCCCGGACGGACCACUCCGCGCUGGCGUCCACACUGGGGGCCUCCUUCUUCACCGACACGCACGACCUGUGCGAGUGCCACCCGGACGUGGUGCUCCUCGCAACCUCCAUCCUCUCCGCCGAGGCCGUGCUCCGCUCGCUGCCCGUCCACCGCCUCCGCCGCAACACGCUCUUCGUCGACGUGCUCUCCGUCAAGGAGUUCCCCAAGAAUCUGCUGCUCAGCUCGUUACCCCCCGACUUCGACGUCAUCUGCACCCACCCCAUGUUCGGCCCGGAGUCGGCGCGCGACGGCUGGGACGGCCUCCCCUUCGUGUUCGACAAGGUCCGGGUCGGGGACUGCCCGGCCCGCCGCGCCCGCGCCGAGGCGUUCCUCAACAUCUUCGAGCGGGAAGGGUGCCGGAUGGUGGAGAUGUCGUGCGCCGAGCACGACGCGCACGCCGCCGAGACCCAGUUCCUGACCCACACCGUCGGGAGGAUGCUCGCCAUGCUGGAGCUCCGCUCCACGCCCAUCGACACCAAGGGGUACGAGACGCUGCUCCGCCUCGUCGACAACACCUGCAGCGACAGCUUCGACCUCUACAACGGGCUCUUCAUGUACAACAAGAACUCCACCGAGCUGCUCAACCGCCUCGAGUGGGCCAUGGACUCCGUCAAGAAGAAGCUCUUCGACGGCCUCCACGACGUGCUCCGGAAGCAGCUCUUCGAGGGAUCCCCGCACGCCCCCAACGUCUCCUCCUCCAACGUCCGCAAGUAG